AUGGCUAGCAAAGUCAGAGUUCUUUUGAAUCCCAAGUACAAGCGCAAUGGUACCAAGUCAUACGUCCACCUUCUGCGCAAGUAUGGAUUUGAUACCACCCUCGAUGGCCCUUACUUUCACGCGUCCCACGUUCACCAGCAAGGCAAGUUCACCGCCGCUGGCCAGAAGCCUGUUGGUGGCCGUGCCCACGUCCACCGUACCUUGCAGAAGAAAGUAGACGGUCAGUCAGGCGACGUUCCAGCAGACGAUGUUCAGAAUGAUACCAUGUAUCUUGCUCAAGUCGGCAUUGGUACUCCAGCUCAGACUUUGAAGCUGGACUUUGACACUGGCUCCGCAGAUCUAUGGGUUUGGUCCACCGAGCUACCAUCCAGCACCCAAUCCUCUGGAUCGAGCCACACAAUCUUCGACCCGUCCAAGUCUAGCUCUUGGAACUCUUCAUCCGGACAGACAUGGCAGAUUUCCUAUGGAGAUGGCUCUUCAGCUUCCGGUGAUGUAGGCACUGAUACUCUCGAUCUUGGCGGAAUCCAGAUCAAGAACCAGGCUAUUGAGCUGGCCAAGGACUUGUCUGCUCAAUUCCAGCAGUCAGAGGGAGAUGGUCUGCUCGGCUUGGCUUGGGGCAGCAUCAACACCGUCCAGCCCCAAGCUGUUCAGACACCAGUGCAAAACUUGAUCUCCCAGAACUUGAUCCCAUCUGACGCACAACUCUUCACUGCUCAUCUCGGUGAGGCCGCUGUCAAGAGCGACAACUCCUUCUACACAUUCGGCUACAUUGACCAGGAUAUAGUCAGUGCCACUGGUAACCAGAUUGUUUACGCCGAUGUCGACAACAGCCAGGGCUUCUGGACCUUCCAAUCGACUUCUGCCUCCGUUAAUGGCAAGACUAUCAAUCGCUCUGGCAACACCGCUAUUGCUGACACUGGUACCACUUUGGCCCUUGUUGACGAUGCUACGGUCAAGGCAAUCUACGACGCUAUCCCAGGCUCCAAGUACGAUAGCUCUCAGCAAGGUUAUACCUUCCCCAGCAACACCUCUGCCGACAAGCUUCCUACUGUUACCUUUGCUGUCGGUAACGCCCAGAUUGCUGUUCACAAGUCUGCGCUCGCUUUCGCCGACGCCGGCAAUGGAUACGUCUAUGGUGGUAUCCAGUCCCGUGGUUCCAACCCAUUUGAUAUUUUAGGUGACACUUGGUUGAAGGGUCUCUAUGCGGUCUUCGAUGCCGGCAACACUCGUUUCGGUGCUGUUGCAAAGCCCGACCCUGAUGCUUCUUCUUCAUGA